ACAUCAAAUUCACACUCAAUCUCUCCACUUACUAAACCAAUUAACUCAAUUCUGGCGAAGUGGGGACUCUCACGACCUCGUCUCAGUCAUCUGAACUCUAACAAUGAACAAAGCGUCCCAAUGACCGCUCUCGACGAUUCCACCCAGGCCUUCGCCCGGCAAACCCUCAACGAGACCCCCGAAGCCCUCGCCGAGGCCCUCGCCGCCCUCCGCCUCUGGAUCUCCUCCAACCCCCACCUGCACGUCAACCCCGAGGAGCGCUCCCUCGUGGCCUUCCUCCGCGCCUGCAAGUUCGACCUAGGGCGCACCAAGGCCAAACUCGCCGACUACUACACCAUGCGCCGGGACAUCCCCGAGUGGUACUCCAACCGCGACCCCUCCCUGCCCCAGAUCCAGGCCCUGGCCAAGCUGGGGGUCUUCGUACCCCUCAGGAGACACCACGAGAACCAACUCGUCGUCAUCAUCCGCACCGCAGCGCACGAUCCGCGAGUGCAUUGCCAGGAUGACGUGUUCAAGGCGGGAAAUAUGAUUCUGGAUGUUGCCACAAGAGACGACCAUUUGUGCCAAAUCUUCGGGAUUGUGGCGAUUUUUGACAUGGAAGGAGUGGGUUUUUGGCAUGGGAGGCAGAUGACCCCUGGGAUUAUCAAGAAGGCGGUGAGGUCGUGGCAGAAUUAUCAUUGUAGGCCGAAAAAGUUGGAGUUUGUCAACGCACCGAUUUAUAUUAAUGUCAUUUUGAGUAUUUUUAAAGGGUUUAUGAGCGAGAAGUUGAAAGGGAGGGUGAAGGUGCAUUAUGGGGGGAGGGAGGAUGUGCUGAAGAUUGUGCCCAAGGAGGUUUUGCCUAAAGAGUAUGGGGGAGAGGAUGGGAGUUUGGAGGAGGUGAUUGGGUAUUGGGUGGGGAGGCUGGAGGAGGAGAAGGAGUGGUUUGCCCAGGACGAGAAAUUUAAAGCCGAAUAGAGGGUUCUGUGGUGCUUUUUAGCUAAUUUGAUGUAUUUAUUUCCGAUUUUGUAGUUUUGUAAUGAAGUAUUAUUUAAUUGUAAUAAAUAAAUAAAUUGACGAGUCACCAUAUCGUAUAAGUAAAAAAAUCUUUUUGGCGUGUUUCUUUUUCUCUGAAAUCGUAAUUUUUUAAGUUUAACAAAUUUAGAGACGACUUCACCUAGUGAGUCCGGAGAAUUACUACUAUUUUGGGCUAUUUUACAAAAUAUUUUUUUAUUUUACGCACGAUUUU